GCAGUUGGCAAUAUGUAUGGGAGACGCCAAACAGCGCCCUCUGGAGGAACUGGAAAUCGCUGCGCCAAUCGCCAACGCGUCUCUGCGUUGUUAGCUUGUUUUUAUUGGUGUGUUUGUGUGGUAUAAUUUGGGUAACCACGUAUUUUGUGGGUUUCCAUGAAAAGUCUUUUCGAUAUGUGCAACAGGGAAUACUAUUUCAACCCUGAAAUUGCUUUUGAGUCUGUAUCGUAUGAACUGCCAAUCGCGUGAUCGUCUGGUAUUUGCCAAUUUAUUGAGUGCGAUUGUUCGUGUGUUCGAGGACAUUUGUGUUUCAAGAGUGCGGACUUCGUUGGACUUGCAAAGGCCUUUGAGUGAAGAUGGAGGAACUGUCCCUCAAAUGGGAUGAGCAUCAUCCUGCAGUAAUUAGUGUUUUCGAAGAACUGCUGGCAAAGGGAACUUUGGUAGACUGUACAAUAGCAGCUGAUGGACAAUACAUGAAGGCACACAAAGUUGUGUUGGCUGCAUGUAGUCCUUACUUUGAGAUGCUGUUUUCUCAAGAAUCUGAGAAAAAUCCCAUUGUUGUCCUAAAGGAUAUGAAAUUCCAAGAAUUGAAGCAUUUGAUUGACUUUGUAUAUCGUGGACAAGUGAAAUUGCCAAAAGAUCAGCUAGAUGCAUUUGUUUCAGCAGCAGAAUCUCUUCAAAUCAAAGGUCUAUCAGGGCAACAGAAGAAAAAGAUCUCAGAAAGGUUUGCAAAUAAGACUGUAUCGAGUAGGGAAGUUUGUUCAUCACCUGUACCUCGAAAACGUAGAAGAAACAGUCAUACAGAAACAAAUGAGGACAGUCAGAGUGAGCCAGGAAACGAGAGCAGUAGUGACAGCAACAUGCGUGAAAAUUUCAUGCCCACUCCAAUGCCUUUGGGGAUGCCCUGUACGUCCACUGCAAGUAGUUCAACUGGGAUAUCUUCACACUCAGUUAGCUCACAGCAAAGUCGGAGUCUCACAGAUACAAGGUUCCCAUCACACGAUCAAUCUUCUGCAUCAUCAGAGCAGGUGCUUCCGGAUGUUCAGACAGUUGUUAAAACAGAACCUGAAGAUCCCACAGAACCAUUGGCACAGGUGUUUGUCCCUGAACCAAAGAAUGAAGAGUAUGUGGAUGAUAUGGCAAUGCUGGAGAGUGGUGCUGGGUCAUCAGAUAUGCAAGGUGGAACUAGUCAAGAGAAUACAAAUAAUUAUCCUGCAACAGGCGCAAUGGAGCGAAUCGAAGAAAUUCCUCAAAUUAUUAGAAUUGAUGCCGCUAAAGCUGUGGAAGAUUUACUCCCUAGUAAAUCGAAAGAAAGCUAUCUUAAGGAAUAUGAGACUUUUAAGGAGUGGAGAAAAGAGAAAAAAAUUACAGAUGUUUGCGAAGAUGUCAUGUUAGCGUAUUUUAAUGAGAAAUCAGAAAAAUACAAAUCGUCCUCCUUAUGGGCGCAAUACUCGAUGCUGAAAGCAACAAUGAAUAUCUAUGAAAAUGUAGACAUGAGUAGAUAUGUGCGACUGAUUGCCUUUCUGAAAGACAAGCACGUUGGAUACGAAGCCAAAAAAAGCAAAGUUCUAACAAGACAGCAAAUCGUGGAAUUUUUAAAUUCAGCCCCUGAUGACAUUUUCCUAAUGGAGAAAGUUGCUGUAGUUUUCGGAGUCUCGGGAGCUUGUAGAUGCGACGAGCUGUAUAGUAUAAAUGUUGAUUAUGUGCAGGAUAAAGGUAAUCUCCUGGUGGUGACAAUUCCACGCACUAAUACGAACAAACGGCGAGUUUUUACUAUAAUGGCAGAUGAUGAAAUGAACGGCGUGGAUUUGUAUAGGAAGUAUUUAGCUUUACGACCGAAGAAAGUUGAGCAUCCUAGUUUAUUUGUGUCCAUGCGAAGGGGAAAAUGUACGGUUCAGCGAGUGGGUAUUAACAGCUUUUAUAAGAUUGCCAAAACCGUUGCAACGUAUCUCAAGUUGGAGGAACCAGAAACAUACACAGGGCAUUCGCUGCGCCGCUCAUCGGCUACUCUCCUAGCAGAAAGCGGAACGGAAAUAAUUCCCCACAAACGGCAUGGUAGCUGGCGAACUGGUAACGCUGCUGAGGGAUAUGUUGAGGAUUCGUUUGAACACAGAUCAGCAUUUGCUAGGCAAUAUAUGGGUGGCGAUGUUCAGGCAGGUUAUGAUUCAUCUGGGGAUACUUUCUUGAUGAACCAAAUGGCAGACCAGAACACUUCCUCAGGCAGCGAUUUGCCAUCGGGUCUGCCUCCUGCCGGGGUUGCACGGGACCAGAGGGCGCCCGCCAGGCCGUACCAGCUGCGCUCAUCCACCGCGGCUGCCACCGCUGCAGCAGCCGCCGCCACCGCCACCGCCGCUCCUGCUGCAGCCUCGGCCACCGCCGGGCGCGUCUUGACAGACAGCCAAGUCGACCCCCUCGCCUCGCCCGCCGAUCAGCUGCAGACGCAACUGCCAGCCCAGGCGGCGCCCUACCGCCACCAUCACCACCGACUGCAACAAGUCCAAGGACCGUUGAGCUCCUGCCUGCCCAUGCACACGGUGCAAAACCACUUUCCGCGAGGGAAUGAGCAGCGCAUUCAGCACCAGGGGCCGGGCGCGGCCAAACUAAGGCCGCUGUUGCCGGCUCCGGCGUUCACGGAAGAGAUUCGCGGAGAGAUGCAGGCCCUGGAGCUGCCGUACAAGUGCCAGCACUGCGACAUGUCGUUCACGGAGAUGGGCCAGCUGCAGCUCCACCGGCGAGCGCACACGCGGGAGCGGCCGUUCCGAUGCGACUCGUGCGACUCGUCGUUCACACAGAAGCACUCGCUGGUGACGCACAAGCGCAUCCACUCGGUGGACUCGCGUUACCGCUGCAGCGCCUGCUCCAAGACCUUCGGCCGCAGCGGCGACCUGCUCAUUCACAGGCGGCUCGUCUGCAGGGCGGCCCUGGGACUGUCCAAGUGCAGCGCCUAGCGGGGACGAAACGCCUAGCGUUUCGCUGUCUCUUUAAGGAUAUGUAGUGCACAAAGAACAAGACUUUCAUGCGAUCUAUUCCGUUUACGAUGUCUGAUGGCAAUUUUGAAUUUAACGGCAUGAAAUACAGAAAUGGAAUUCAUUCAAUAUAGAUGCAAAGCAAAACCGAUGCUCUGGGGCUACCGUAUUUCAUUCAAGACAACUUCCUACUCAGUGCAGGACUGAAACUGAUGUGGACAUUUUAUUUCUAUGGAAGGUCAAAGUAGUUUCAUUUCACUAACUACCUAUUUAUAUUGUGUUGAUAACAGUUGGAAAUUUAAUGAAAUGAAAUUCAGAAAGAUCAAGACAUUCGUUCAAUGUAGAUGCAAAGCAAAUGCAAACUGUUCCUGUAGGGCUGUUGUGCUGCUUUCAAGAUCACGUCCUGUGGAUGACAACGGGCAGAACUGAAACUGACGUGGACAUUUUAUUUCUAUGGGAGAUCAAUGAAGUUUCAUUUCAGUAAUAAUCCAAUUCCUCUGCCUAUGUUGAUGACAGUUGGGAAUUCAAUGAAAUGCAAUACAGAAAGAAAAAAGACAAUCUAGAUACAAAACCAAAUCAACUGUUUUUAAAGAUGUCUAGACGUAAUUUGAUACUUCAUCAUUAUUAUUGGACUUCAACGUAUUUCCAUUAAGAAUUCACGAACGUCUCCCAGCCUCGGUGCUGAUCACUGCCCCUGACGUCUUGGAGCAUCUGUGUCAGCCUCUCUCCUUCGCAUUACUGAGGUCCGUAGACCCAUUUCUGUGUACCUAUGUACUUACGUUUGAUUAAUGCACUUUAGCAAAUGCUUUUAGAAGUUUCAUUAUAGAACUUAUUCAUUUUUUUAAACAGUGUAGCUUUGUUAGCAUUGUUUGUAAUAAAGGCCUUUGAUGUCAGUUGGAUGUUGUAGAAGCUAUGGUGCAUAAUGUAAUUAAAAUAUUGAUUGUAUGUUAUUUCACAUAGCCAUGUCGAAAAUGGUUCAUUUGGGUCUCCAACUUCGAGUAUCCGUUGAAUGGUUCAAAAAAGCACGGGCUGUCAGAAUCCCCGAAUGAGCCAAGGAAUACAAACUCUUGCUGCAAGACGAGGGCUCAAUGCUAAGGCCCGAAAUUCUACCAAUGUGUACUGAAAUGAUUAUAUAUUGUAGUAAAUUGGUUUUCUAUUUUCUGUAAAUACGGCCAUAAGCAUAAUACAAAUAACUGUUAAUAAUUUUACCACCUUGUACUUACUCUGUAUCCUCAAGAAGACUGCACGAAGUAGUAAUUUGACGGAAAAACGUUACCGUACUUGCCAUAUUGUGACACUCGUUAGUGUAAUGCAUAUAAACAAACGUUUUUGAUUUGGUGGGGAAGUUUGUCUAAUAAUUCCUGAAGUGUCAGAAUGUAUUUUUAAUAAUUAUUAGAUGUGUUAUUUGUUGGGUUUUGUAUAUAAUCCAAAGUACAUUUGUUGGUUAGUUUUUACAUAGUUUACACAUGUGUAAUGUUCGAUAAUAUCAAUUAAGCUAUAACUUAAUUAUAGCACGAUAUCGGUUAAGUUAAUACGGAGUUUUUGCGCGGCGAAGCGUUACAACAAUCAACAGUGCUAUCGGUCUUGUGCGCAUUCGCAGUUCGAAUUUGGCGUCAUUUUUGUACCUCUGUGCACACGCAGAAGGUAGAGAUUGCUGUCAAUUGCUCUACGCUAUGCCGUGAAAAAAGCCCCCCAAAACGGCAUAAAUCUUCCAAGGAACGCUUAAUUGAUACAUGUUUUUUUUUUUGUUUGGUUAGCGAACUCUGCCCAAAUCUUCUGUAAGCUUGAUUGUAGUACAGUGAUUUUAAUUUCACUCUUUGAUGCAAAGUGUUAUUUCGUCAUUGCUCUUGUAAGUACGAACAUAAAUGGAUAAAGUCAUUUUAUACUCAAAAUAAUUAUUUUUUCUUGAACCGCGCAUGUUAAUAAACAGUUACAUUUGUUACCCAUAAGUUCAGUUAAGGUAGGUACCGAUUCUGAGAAGUUCUUUGCUUCUUAGAGUGUACAUAAUUCAUUUUUUCGAAAAAAGAAAGCGUACAUAGAAGGCUUUGCAGGUACAACGAUUGUUUAAAGUCUGCUUCCACUGCCCAGGAAAAGUGCAGGGUCACUACGUGGGAAGUGGCAGUAGGUUUUCCCCUUCAUUGAUGGGCCGAGUUAUUUUCUGGAAGGAUAUUUCCACGGUGGUGAAUCCCUUUAUACAACCGUUGUGAAAGGUGCUUGCGUGUAAAUGAAUUAGCGAGUUCGCGGAGAUGGAAAAUUUCUCGUUUCAAUUAAUGAAUCCCACUCACGAGAAAGAAAAUUCCUCUGAAGCAAAGUCUUCUAUAGCUAGGAAACGUAAAAGCGGGUAUCUUCCAUGAGAAAUGAGAACGACUACACAGGAGUCCCAGACUAGGCGAUAAAAACACCUCUAUCGUAAUCUACGUCUACGGUCUUUUUGUUUUUGCACCUUAUAAAGAAACAUCGUUACGAAGAUACAAGCAAUUCUUUCUUGCUACCAUGCUCCGUUAUCGUUUUAACCGACUGUUCUUGUCCUGCUUAAGUGGCUCAUGGCAUCAAUUGCUGUCACUGCAGUGUCUGUGACAGCAAUUGAUGCCCUGAGCUCUGAGUCGUAGGUUUUCACUUCCAACGAUGGCAGAAUUUUCGAUACUAGCUACAUAGCUUGAUUGAGCUCAAUCUGUCUGGAGAAAAGUUUUUGCGACCGGCUGCUCUGAUCAGUAGUUUUCCAUUAUUUUUUUUUUUUUUCGAUCGACACAAGGCGAAUACCGGAUCACUACUUUAAAAAACGGGCAACACCGCGAUUUUUCUUUCCUCUUCCUUGUCUAUCUUCACCCCCUUACUUACACCCGCUUUCAUGCACUGUCCCGGUCCGGCAAUAUUUAUGCUAUGAAAUUUAUUUCUUGGACGAAAAUAAAUUGUUUUCUCCUUGGACCAUAAAAAUGCAAUGUUGGAGCUGUGUGAGGGUAGGUGUUUGAAGUGAAAACGCAACCCACCCUUUGCGCUAAUACGUACAAAAGUUAUUAUUAGGUAGAAUCCCUUGAAAUCAGAAUUACAGAAAUCAGAAUCAGGCUACUUCAUCACAAGCACCCUACGUUAUUUUGCCUUACACAAAUUGCAGAUUGUGUAUACAGACUAAUUUCAUAAGCAGAACCUGUAGAAAAUCCUACAUCUCAGAUGUUUAAAGCCAAAAGGGGUUUACCUCUGAGAGUGAUCAAAUGCUGAUGAAAAAAUGCUCUUUUGAAUUGCGUGUUUUAUGAACAGAAAACUCCUAUUCGUAACAAAAUUGUGUAUUAACAAUAUUUUUUUU